UCGUCGGGUAUUUCGAAGAACGCUGAUCAAGGAGUCUUUGUUUAGAGUUGAAAUUUGAAACCGGAUUCCGGCGGUCGAAUUAGUGAAUGCGUAAUAAGUUAACUCAUUUCUCGAGAUCCACGAGCUUCAAAAUGUCGUACAACAGAAACUAUUAUGGAAAUGGUUCAAGGAAUAACCAUGGCGGAUUUCAAAGAGACCAUGAAGGUUACACACAUGUGUAUACGGACGGGGCGUGCUCAUCUAACGGCCAGCAAGGAGCUCGAGCUGGUUAUGGAGUCUACUGGGGAGACAACAACCGUUGCAACAGGAGCCAGCCAGUCUCCGGCAGGGCCACGAACAACACCGCAGAAAUACAAGCGGCUACAGAAGCCAUGCGGACUGCUCGCGAAAAUGGAAUUACCAAACUGGCCAUAAACACUGACUCGAAGUUUCUGAAGGAUUCGGCUACUAAAUGGAUGCCAGGUUGGCAAGAUAACGGAUGGAAAACUGCAUCCGGAGAGCCCGUGAAGAAUCAAGCGGACUUCAAAGAGAUGAUUCGAGCCCAGGGGGAUCUUGACGUCAAAUGGAACUAUGUCAAGGCUCAUGACGGGAGUCAUGGAAACGAGAUAGCUGACAGAUUUGCUAAGGAGGGCGCUGCUAAGUAUAAGUAACUAGUGUUACAUACUUUGCUUUUAUCUCUGUAUGGAGACUAUUAUAUGUCGAAUGUUGAUUUAUUCUCCUAGAGAGACUAAUUGUUUAAUGUUAAGUAUUCAUUUAAGUACAAAAAACUUUUCUAAAGAACUGUGGUCUUUGCACCAACAAUUUUGUUUAUCUUAGUUUUGUUUUUCAAUUCUAUGGUGCCAAUGAGGCUUUGUUUUUUUAUAAGUAUACUUUUACAUGCCCAGUAUUUUUAUGUUAGUUGUCUGUCCAAUGGGACCCAUUGUUUUGUCUUGAUUGUUGAAUUAAUCAAAUAGCUUAACAAUACUUACAUUUACACUGUAAUUGCUGAUUUGCAGACCUUCCUAAGUACUAUUAUAAACAAACUGUCAUAUUUAAAAGCUUAUACAGACUUGCAGUUAAUCAUAGAGUAAUAAAUUAGCAGGUCUACAUAGAACAAGCUGUCUCUGAACAAACGGAAUGUGUCGACUUGCCUUGCUCGAGGCAAACACAUCUGCCCGUCUGCACAGACUACUUGGUUUCUUGGCAAAUUAUUCGUGAGGAAGCUUGUUCUGUGUGAACCUGCCUGCUUAGAGGACUCCCUAUAUCUAUAUUGUUGCGAUACUUAUAUUGUAUUGUAUUUCAGAAUUGUGGUUGAACAAGGUUGUCACAUACAUAGUUGUCCAUUGUCAAUGUAAAAAUUUUACCAAUUUCAAAAUGGUAGGGACCAAUGUUUAGGGCAGUAAGAGAUUUUCUGAUUACAUGUUAAUUUCAUGUCUAUGAUUAGUAAAACUAGUGAUAGUUCUUUUGAUUACUUUUCUAUGUGAUUGUUAUUAUGAUUAAAAUGUUUAAAAACUGUGGG